GCGGAGAAGCCUCCCCUGGAGCAGCUGUACCGGGAGGGCCCGCUGCUGGGGAGCGGCGGCUUCGGCAGCGUUUACGCCGGGACCCGGCUCGCCGACGGCGUCCCGGUGGCCAUCAAGCGAGUGUCCCGGGACCGCGUCUUGGAGUGGGCGCGGCUGCACGACGGCGCCCUUGUGCCCCUGGAGCUGGUGCUGCUCUGGAUGGCGUCGUGGCCCGGCUUCCGCGGCAUCGUGCGGCUCCUGGACUGGUUCGAGCUGCCCGACGGCUUCGCGCUGGUCAUGGAGCGUCCGGAGCGCUGUCAGGACCUCUGGCACCUGCUGCACGCGGGGGGGUUCCUGCCAGAGCCCGUGGCGCGGGCGCUGUUCCGGCAGGUGCUGGGGGCCGUGCGGCACUGCACCAGCCGCGGCGUCCUGCACCGCGACAUCAAGGCCGAGAACGUGCUCGUUGACCUGGCCACCGGCGAGGCGAAGCUCAUCGACUUUGGCUGCGGCACGAUCCUGCAGGACACCUUCUACACCCAGAUGGCUGGAACGCGGGAGUACUACCCACCGGAGUGGAUCCUCUUUGGCCGCUACCAUGGCCAGCCAGCCACCAUCUGGUCCCUGGGCAUCCUGCUCUAUCAGCUGGUGUGCAGGCACCUUCCAUUCAAAAGCAGAGAGGACAUCGUCCGGGGACAGCUCUUCUUCCCGCCCCGGGUGUCUCAAGAGUGCCAGCACCUGAUCAGGUGGUGCUUAUCCAUGGACCCUGCAGACAGGCCAUCCUUGGAUGACCUUUUAGAACAUUCUUGGGUGCAGAAGCCCCACCUGGCCCAGGAGACAGCAGAG